AUGGCACUCAGCGUGAUCGUUCCACUGUGGAAGGAAGCCGACAAGCCUGAUGGCAAUUCGACCUCAUUUACAUCUCCAGCAUCGUCGUCUGGUGUCGCUUCGGUUCUUGCUGGAGGUCUUCUGAAGGGUCGGGAAUUGGCUCGACACGCACCUCGAGGGUACAACCCAAAGCAGACGACUGCCUUGUGGCCGACAGGGCUCCAUCUCUGUACUAGCAAAUGGAAGCCUUUGUCGAAAGCGAGAUACCGCCACAUCACCAAUUUCGGUCACAUCUACGGCUGUCUCACCCAGACUGAGUUUAUUGCGGAGUCCUUGGAGCAAGAGGCGUGGAAUUCCGUGACUAUCCACCGUCAGGUGGAGGAAGCGAUCUCCCACUUGGAGCGACGACGGACCUCUUCGAUAUUCUCGGAAUUGGAUACAUGCAUCGUCAAAGGGCCGAAGGAUACCGAUCCCAUUGGUGCUGGCGCUACCUUCACGAACGUUCCCGUGAACUCGUCUUCUGCAACCGACCCGUCUGCUCUCCACCAGCCCCGGCGGCAGUGGGCCAUCGUGCUCCGUCCGGAAAACUUGUCCCCAUUACUGGUGGUUCAGGUUGCUAGUGCGUUGUUUGCGAAUCUCGAGAAAUAUGCCGCUUCAGCGGUCCCUGUUCUGUCGACUCACUGGUUGUCCCAGAGCCAGGGGCGGAACGGAAUGCCCGUCCAGCUCGCCUGGCUGGCGAAGGAAACGCUCAAGCCAGAUCAAAAGGAGUCGUCUUGCUAA